CCAAUCCUAUCCAAUUCUAAUGGCUUCUGGGGUUGGGUGCAUGGGGAAUGGCAUGCACGCUGUGCGCGGCUUUUCGGUGAGCACAACAAACGAGCAUACUUUGAAUUAGUGUAAUCUCAUAACGUCGAACUCCACGAAAAAGGUAGCCAACAUGCCUUUCAUGCGAGGAGCAGCUCCCAUUCGGAGGACACUUCAGUACUUGGAGAGAGGUCGGCUUGUCUUCAAGGACAGAGUGAAAAUUAUGAGCCUCAACUUCAACACUGCUGGAAAAGCGAGGGAUCGCCACGAAGGCAUGAAGGACUUUGUUUUCUGGUACCUCCCGCAAGUGCAGUACAAGAACCCCAACGUGCAAGUAGUCAUCUUUAAAAACAUGACCCCCACGCCUUUUGUGCGGUUUUGGCUGGAGGAUGGCAAGGAAGUCAUCAUGGACGUGGACAGCAAAGACAAGGACCAAAUUCUCAAGCAGAUGAUGGUCACCCUGGGCAAAACGUACGAGCAGCUGGAGAAGGAGGCGCUGCUGCGGGAGAAGCGGGACACGCCGGCGAACUUUGGUCGAAACUACGACAAGUUCUGCAUCUGUGAAGUGCCCGGGCAGGUUCCGUGCCCUGGGAUAGUGCCGCUGCCCAAAAACAUGCGUGGCAAAUACCGGCUCGGAGAUAUCAACGAGUGACGCGUCGUAAAUUAGAGAUGGGUGCCGUCAUCACACAUUAACUGGACAAUUGUUCUGUAGUUUCAAAAGCCAACAGUGCUCAUACUUUUUUUUUUCUUUUUCCUUCUGCACAAUAGCAUGAAUAAUAAGUAAUUCGGAUGCCCUCA